GUUGGUGAUACCAGGGAGAUUCAUUCUCAUUUUGAAGGUGGCAACCAGGGAUGGAGACGAAAUCGACAGUUUUCAGAAAUGUUCAUCCUUUUCGUAGUCUGAACUGUAGUUAAUUGGCAUGCUAGUGGGGAUUAUGAAUAAGCAUCACUGAAUUUCGUGAUCCGUUCUAUUUUUUCUGCAGAUCUACUUAGUCGGAUAGUACGCAGUUGUCCGUCAAGUGACAUACUGUUGAUUUCUGCGUUACAUUAGUCGACUGUUUCAAACGACUACUGGAUGAGUAUAUUUCAAAACGAUUGUUGGCGUAUAAUGGUUUGUUCACCUGGUUCUGAAAGAUCUGUGAGCAGGAGUACAGCUCACACUCGUAGUACAAGCCGAAGUCGAUCUAGAAGUGGUAGUAUUCGACGAAGUUAUUCCCAUUCUAAUCGUAGCCGAUCAGCGACUAGAUCAUUUUCAAGACGUACUUCACAUUCACGUCGAAGUAGCAGAUCUAAAAGUCGUUCUAACUACUCUCGUUCCCACUCACAUUCUAAAAGUCGACAUUCUAGAUCUUGGUCUAGAUCACAUUCUCAUUCUCGUGGCAGAUCAAUAUAUUCAUCUCGUUCACGAUCCAUUAGUCGUUCCAGAUCACGAUCUGCUUAUCGUAAUAGUCGGAGAAAAUCAUUUUUUAGAAGUAGGACAAGAAGUCGUUCUUAUCAUUCUGGUGUUCAUUCACGUUCCCGAUCACAUACACCUAAUUCAAGACCUGUUUCACCAAGUACUAAAGGUGGCAAAGACCCAAGAGACCGUUCAAAACGAGCACAUUGGACAAAUAAUGUUUGGUUAGUCGGUGAAAAAGCCAAAGAUACAGUUUUCCAUUUUUGUGAUACUUGUGAUUUACCAAUUGUGAUCUAUGGACGUUUGCUUCCAUGUAAACAUGUGUUGUGUUAUACAUGCGCUGUGAAUCUAGUGAAUAAUAAAUGUAAUCGAUGUCAAAAGUCUAUACAGACAGUUGAACGCUGUUUAGUCGGUGGGAUAUUCAUGUGUUUUGAAAGUGAUGGCUGCCGGCGUACUUAUCUAAGUCAACGUGAUCUUCAAGCGCAUAUUGAUCACCGUCAUCGAACUGGAUCAAAUAUUGGUAGUGGUACUGUUACAGUUUCUUCAACCAACAUCAGUAAUAAUAUUAAUACAAUGGUGUCUAAAAGUGAUACUGUUACUCGUUCAGAAACAGUCAUCUCUUCUUUAAGUAAUCAAAUGAUUUUCACAGAUGCAACAUCUCGGCUUUUAGGUGGUGUAAAGGCAUCGACCAAUGGCAGUAAUACUGCUACUACAUGUGUACCUGUGGAAAAGACGAUAACUUCAAAUCCAAUAUCUUUGUUAGGUCCAUCACCAAGGAUGGUUAUGAAUACAAUGGUUCCACCGAAUUGUGCAACAGCUCCACCAAAUAUCUUCAUUAAUAAUCAAAAGAAUAGUGGACUUUUACCAUUACCUACGCAAACUUCGACCUGUUCUUCUUCUUCUACUUCUUCGUCUUCAACACUUUUAUCGACUCGACCUCUGCCAAUGGGGAUGUUAACUCGACCUAUGAGAACAAAUAAUCCUACUGUAAUUGUUGGCAAUAAUCCUGGUAAUACUAAUAGCACUGGUAAUUUUCCACAAAUUCAACAAUUCCCCAAUUGUCCUCCGCCUAGACUACCACCUCCACCGAUUGGUGCACCAAAUAUCCCUCCACCACCAACAUUUUUAACCAAUUCUUUAUCAGUUCCACAAUUAUCAUCUACACAUAAUGCAAAUUUCAGUGGUGCAUCUGCAGUUGCUGCUUUAGUUGCUGUUGUUUCUGCAGCUAUGUCUGCUGUUCAAUCAAAAUCUGCUGGAGGCAGUGGAGUUGCCGGUAGUACAAAUCUAUCUGGAACAAUUCAACAGUCAUUAACUAAUAAUCAAUUACGUCCGCCCAAUCCAUUGACUGCCUCAUUAAUUACAAAUGCAUUGAGAGCUGCCAAUCCAAAUUGGAAUUCUCUGGUUGCUAAUGUAGCUAACGCAAUGAAUAAUACUACUACUACUACUACUACUAAUAAUAAUAAUAAUAAUAACAAUAGUAGCAGUAGCAAUAAUAAUAAUAAUAAUAAUAAUAAUAGUAACAGCAGUAACAAUCAUAAUAUGAACAAUUUCAACUCAAGGUGUUUACCAUUUCAAUAAGAAGAAGAAAUGUACAAAUAUACACUGGUAUGGUUUCACAUUUGAGUAUAUUAUGUGGAUUUGUUUUUUGCUGUUGUUUACUGAAAAAAGGAACGUUUUUACAGUUUUAUUUUCUUUUUGUGUAAUAUAAAAAGGACUACUAUGAGUAGUCAGUUGUUUAA